UCAUCUCCUCUCCUUUCCUCAUGUGAUGCUAUCCUCAGUAAGUGGCCUAACAGUCCUUCAGGUUAUUAUAAUCUAGCUGAUGUUAAUGGACAUAGUCGUCAUGUAUACUGUCACAUGGAGACUCUGUGUGGUAAAGGAGGAGGCUGGAGAAGAAUAGCUAGUCUGAAUAUGACUGAUCCUAAUGAGAAAUGUCCUACUCAGUUUAGAAUUUAUUCACAAGAUGGAGUUCGUGCUUGUGGUAGACCAGUGACUAAUAGUGGUAGCUGUGUUGGUAUAACAUUUCCAUCAAGAGAUAUAAAGUAUUCACAAGUAUGUGGUAAAGUGAUUGGAUAUCAAGAUGGAACAACAGAUGGAGCACACGCUAACAGAGAUAUAAACUCAGCAUACAUUGAUGGUAUUAGUCUAACACAUGGUAACCCAAGGAAGCAUAUCUGGUCGUUAGUUAGUGGCUAUUCAGGUAUUAGUUACAAUAACUGUCCUUGUGGUAGUAAAAAUCCUAAACCUGUUCCAUCAUUUGUUGGUUCUCACUAUUAUUGUGAAGCUGGUAAUCACAAUACACAUGCAUCUACUAAUACAUUAUAUUCUUCUGAUCCAUUAUGGGAUGCUAAAGGUUGUGGUAGUAGUGAAACCACUUGUUGUCAGCGUACUCUUAUUCCUUGGUUCUAUAGAUCCUUUGGUUAUUCUACUACUGAUAAUAUUGAGAUGAGAGUCUGUUGUGAUCAAGAGACAAGUGAUGAAAAUGUUUCUUUUGGAAAUUUUGAAAUUUAUGUUAAGUAAUUAUCUGUUGUAGAUCUAGCUACAAUAAACUUUGAAUUUAGUAGUUUAUUUACUUUGUUUUUGCUACAGUAUUUUUCCUUUUGUUUUGUGAUCCACUUCGAUUUAAAAAAUUAUUAAAAAAUAAACCUUUCAAUAAAUAAUAGAUGGCCAGAGUAUGCAACAAAUUGCAUGCAGCAUUUCUUGAGUGCAACCGUGCAAUCAUGUUACAUGAUAAAGUGUAUGCAAAGUUUUCUAUGGUAUACUGUACUUGUAUACAUAUGUAUAUAAAUUACAUUGCAUCAUUAAUUU